GGUCUGGCCGCACGAGGCGCCCUGCAGCCCGCCGGGCUCAGAGACUCCCGAGUCCCGUCCCCGCUGCCCUGUCCGGGGAGGGCUGGAGGCGGCCCACGUGCCUCCUUCCUUCCUUCCUUCCUCCUCUGAGUCCUGUCCCGCCCCUUGCAGCGCAGCGGGCUGCGGCUGCCUGAGACCCUGGCCUGGGGGCACAGAGUCCCCGAGGCUGUGGCUGGCUCCUCCCUGCCGAGGGGUGUUAUUCAUGCCACCCCGAGGAGCUGCUGCUGUCCUGUGGGCCCGCCCUAGACAGCGGGGCAGCCCGUCAUUGCUCCCCUGGGUGGAAGUGGGGCUUGAAGCCAGCCUAGUUGUUAGGGUCUGGUGGGGAGAGCCCGUGCAAGCCCCUGACCUGUGUGGGGAGCCCCACUGCCAGCCACUCCACGGGUGCACAGACACCAUAGGGAUGACCCUGGUAUAAACUGCUAGAGGGACAGAACCAGUGACACGUGCCUGGCUCCUGGGUGACUCCAGCUGCCAAACCCAUGGAGAAGGGAGAGCAGCAGUGAGGGCAGCAUCCCAGCCUAGCCCCCAACGAUGGGGACAGCUUCCUCUCUGGUGAGCCCAGCGGGCACCGGAGGGGAAGUGAUCGAGGACGCCUACGGAGGAGGUGGCGGCGAAGCCUGUGAGAUCCCAGUGGAGGUGAAGCCCAAAGCUCGCCUGCUGCGCAGCUCUUUCCGCCGGGUGGGUGCUUCACGGCCUGGAGGCCUCAUUGGGGCUAGUUUCAAAUCCACUGCCUCGGUACAGGAGUUGGAGUGCAUGGCUGAGUAUGAGCGUCUGAAGAAAGAAUACGAGAUCUUUCGUGUCAGCAAGAACAACGAGGUGGCCUCUAUGGUCAAGAAAGAAGCCAAGCUGGACCUGGAGAACAAGAGACUCCGCGCAGAGCUCCAGGCUCUUCAGAAAACUUAUCAGAAAAUACUUAGAGAGAAAGAAAGUGCUUUAGAAGCCAAAUAUCAAGCCAUGGAGAGAGCUGCUACAUUUGAACAUGACCGAGACAAAGUCAAGAGACAGUUCAAGAUUUUCAGGGAAACUAAGGAAAAUGAGAUUCAGGAUUUACUGAGGGCCAAACGAGAGCUAGAGACAAAACUUCAGAGACUGCAAGCCCAAGGGAUCCAAGUAUUUGAUCCUGAAGAGUCUGAUUCAGAUGACAAUUGCACAGAAGUUACUGCUACUGGAGCCCAAUCUGAAUAUUGGACUGGUGGAGUGUUGGGAAGUGAGCCAUCUAUGGGUAGUAUGAUGCAACUUCAGCAGUCUUUCAGAGGGCCUGAGUUUGCUCAUAGUUCCAUAGAUGUGGAAGGACCAUUUGCGAACAUAAACAGAGAUGACUGGGAUGCUGCUAUUGCCAGUUUAUUGCAGGUCACUCCACUGUUUUCCCACUCUCUGUGGAGUAACACAGUAAGGUGCUAUCUCAUUAAUACAGAUGAGACUCAACCUGAAGUAGACAUCUUCAUUAGGAACUACUCACCAAAACUUCAAAGAAUAUGUGAAACAAUGGGGUACUUCUUUCAAGUUGUUCAUUUUCCAGUAGAAAAUGGAAAUCAUUUCCAGGCUGUGAGAAAAUGGGAAAUUGAGAAAAGUUCCUUAGUCAUUUUGUUCAUACAUUUAACUUUGCCAAGCUGUUUGCUGGAGGACUGUGAAGAAGCUUUAUUGAAAAAUCCUGAAGGAAAGCCCCGGCUGAUUUACCGCAGAAUAGAAGAUGGCAAAGUCAGUUCAGACCCUGUGCAACAGUUAACUGAGCAAGUUUGUUAUGUGAAUAAAGCAAAGCUCAUUGAUCACAUGGGAGGAGUGGAAGAAGGAGCGUAUGAAACUUAUAAUUGUGUGGAAAAGAUCAUUAAACAGGAUAUAUUUGGCUGUGAAAGCACAGAAGUAGAAAGCAAGGAUUUGGGUAAUAAAGAGGAAUCCACUGCACCCGAAGAGGAAGUUUUUGGAGAUGUACUGUGGGAUGCACAUGAUGAACAAGAACAGAUGGAAGCUUUCCAGCAGGCUUCUAACUCAACAUGUGAACUAGGAUUUGAGAAAUAUUAUGAACGUCUAAAUGAUCUAGUGGCAGCACCAGCACCCAUCCCACCUCUUCUUGUGUCUGGAGGACCAGGCUCUGGCAAAUCUCUUCUCCUGUCAAAAUGGAUUCAACUGCAACAGAAGCAUUCACCAAACACACUAAUUCUCUAUCACUUUGUUGGGAGGCCCAUGUCUGCCAGUUCAGAAUCUGCACUAAUAAUUAAACGGCUUACUUUAAAGCUCAUGCAGCAUUCUUGGUUAGUGUCACCUUUAACAUUGGAUCCAGCUAAGCUCUUGGAAGAAUUUCCUCGUUGGCUGGAAAAACUUUCUGCUCGUCACCAAGGCAGCAUUAUCAUAAUUAUUGACUCUAUAGACCAAAUACAGCAAGCUGAAAAACAUAUGAAAUGGCUGAUAGAUCCCCUGCCAGUGAAUGUAAGGGUGAUUGUAUCUGUGAAUGUGGAAACAUGUCCUCAGGCAUGGAGGUUGUGGCCAACUCUUCAUCUUGAGCCAUUGAAUUCUAAAGAUGUGAAAUGUCUCAUUAGUGCAGAAUGUAGCAGUGCAGAUGUUAAAUUGACCAAAGAACAGGAGAAGAAACUUGAGAAACACUGUCGUUCUGCCACAACUUGCAAUGCUUUGUAUGUCACUCUUUUGGGCAAAAUGAUUGCUUGUGCUGGAAGUGCAGGAAAUAUUGAUGAAAUCCUUCAACAGUGUUUCCAGUGUCAAGAUACAGUAUCGCUGUACGGACUUGUUCUGAGAUCAGUUCAGGAGUCCAUGCUGAACGAUAAAGACAAACACCUUAUGAGAGAGGUUCUCUGUCUCAUCAGUGUUAGCCACAAUGGAGUGAGUGAAUCAGAGCUGAUGGAACUUUAUCCCGAACUAUCCUGUGCCAUGUUAGCCUCUCUAGUUCACAGUCUGCACAAGAUGUGUAUGCUGACAUAUGGCUGUGGUCUGCUAAAGUUUCAGCACCUCCAGGCUUGGGAAACGGUGGGACUAGAAUACAUGGAAGAAGGUCAAAAUAUUAUUUCUACUUACAGAGAAAAACUAAUAGACUACUUCACCAUGCAGCUAAGUCAAGGCAGAGUGACUUGGAGAAGUGCAGAUGAACUUCCUUGGCUUUUCCAACAACAAGGCAACAAGCAGAAGCUACACAAGUGUCUCCUGAACCUCUUUGUAUCUCAGAAUCUUUACAAAAGGGGGCAUUUUGCAGAAUUACUGAGUUACUGGCAGCUUGUCGGAAAAGAUAAGAGUUCAAUGGCAGCCGAGUAUUUUGACUCUCUAAAGCAAUAUGAGAAAAGCUGCGAGGGAGAGGAAAGUAUGAUCUGUCUGGCUGAUCUUUAUGAAACUCUGGGACGAUUCUUAAAAGAUCUAGGCCUUCUCAGCCAGGCAGUUGCUCCUCUGCAGCGUUCUCUGGAAAUUCGGGAGACUGCACUGGAUCCCGAUCACCCCAGGGUAGCACAGUCCCUCCAUCAGUUAGCAGGAGUGUAUGUGCAGUGGAAGAAGUUUGGAAAUGCUGAGCAGUUAUAUAAGCAGGCUCUGGAAAUCUCUGAAAAUGCUUACGGGGCUGAACAUCCCAGGGUUGCUCGUGAACUGGAUGCACUUGCAACAUUAUACCAGAAACAGAACAAAUAUGAACAAGCUGAACAGCUGAGGAAAAAAUCCUUUAAAAUGCGACAAAAAGCAGCAAGGCGGAAAGGCAAUUUGUUUGGAUUUGCUCUUCUACGUCAACGAGCCUUGCAGUUGGAAGAGCUCACAUUAGGCAAAGACACACCAGAUAAUGCUCGAACCCUCAAUGAGCUUGGAGUUCUCUAUUAUCUGCAGAAUAACAUUGAUUUUCUAUUAUGAAAUUAACUCAUAGUAUCUGAAGUCUUCUGUAGAGUGAGUGUCAUUGGCAUCUGGAUAUUUACCACAUCACUGCAUUUCCUAUUUUAGAACUGAUGUACUACUACAUUAAAUGUAACUAUCACUAGUUGUAAAUAUAUGGGGUAUUUUUAUGUCCUCUCUACCAUGGUUCUCUGUUACAUCAGACUCCUUUAUAAAAUUCUCAUUCUAACAGCAAGGUUUUUUUUCUUUUAUAGCAUUCAAAAUGCCAGUACUACAAGGAAAGUAAUGAAUUGUACAUAUAUAUUAUAGGUGAGAUCCUUGCCUCUGCUCUGAUUCCUUUAUGAUGUGCAAAAGGACCAGAGCAGCAUGAAAAAAGGCACCAAAAGCCACAUAACUGGCCAGGGGAGAAUUCCCCUUGCACAAGAAAGGCAGAAGACAUCUAUGAAACUGUCUCCCAAGGACCGCCUUGCAAGCCCCAGUUUAGAGGGUGUGAUGCGUCAGGGCCACAGCCCUGCAAGCUCAGCCCACAGGGCAACCUGCAGAUGUUCUUUAACGUAGGCCCCCCCCCCCCCCGAGCUGUGUAAGUUACAUUGAGAGCCUCUCAGAUACCUGAAGCAGCCCUGAAUUGGGAGAAUGCCUUAAAGCCACCUUAACUCCUAUUAUUUUUUUGCUGUGCCUCUUAGAAGUGCAACACAGAAUUUCCCCUCAAAUCUUUAAGUCCUUUUAGAUUUUUUUUUGUAUCUGAAUGUCAGGAUCUCAGUGGCAGAAUAAAGAAGUUAAAAUAUGUUGUGGUUUAGAGUGUUUACAUUAAUAGCCACUAGUUAGUGCAAAAUCCUAGUAAUUAGACUUGACAACCGUUGAUGCAUGUAUGUUAUUUCUUGUUUCACCUGUCAUGCAGUCAGGCCAAAGUCACUGACAAUAAAUGACUGAUAUCUGUAAAAUCUGCCAUGUGAGAUCAUUGUAUACGCCACAGUCUGUCAGUUCAUCCGCAAUUUUUUCAGAUGCUCCCUAUUUCCUGUAGCUCUUUCUCCCCCGAAUUUAAUUGGUGAGGAAAAUGGCACACUGUCUUCUAGUAAAGAUGAAAGUUUAUUGCCUUUUGAAACAGAGUACUGUGCUGAAGUUCUGAAUCAACCGUUAAAGGGGCUUUUUUGAUAGUUUGAUGCAGCUGAAGAGAAUCAAUGAUAGAAGGGAAUUUGUUUGUAUCAACUGAUAAAUGCAAGCCUGAUCUGUAGCCGUUAUGUAGUGAGCACUCCUUUGGCUCCCACAAGGCGACUCCAGGCUUGAACCCAUCUUUUGUGUAUUUAUGAGUCCUUCUCUCCAUCUAAUGUGAAACGGAUAUUUCCAAUUUACUAAACUGACCUGUCUCAAGAAUAGGGUGACAUGGAAUGUGUGUGUGUCAGGAUGACAAACUACCUAGCUGUAAUGGAUAUUGCAUGCAGGGAUUCUAUGGGGAAUCACUUUCUUUUUGUCACAGAGGGAAAAUAGUCAAUGUGUGAUGGAAUAAUACCACAAUAAUGUAAUAAAAUACAUAACCGUCUGAUAGGAUAGACACUUGAACAAUUACUUCAGAGAAAGCCUUAGGAUAGAUCUUAAUGUGUAAAUUAUAGCAGCUGAGCCUAUUGUAUAUAAACCUAUUUCUUUUACAGUCUUUACAAUUGUUUGCAAAGGGAAUUCUAACUGCUACUUUCUGAAUUUUUACAUAGUUCCAGAGUUGUAUUACCUGAUCCUGCUAGUUGUUUCAUGAAUGUUUACUCCUGGGAGGAGUUACAUUGAAGCCAGGGGGAUUACUCGCAUAAAAAAGGGUACAGAUCAGACUCAAAAGGAAUAUUCACAAGAUAAUGCAAUAUAAGAAAAAAAAUCUACCCAACUGACCUAAAGUGCUAGCUUUUGGGCAGCUGGUAGUAGUGUUCUGAGAUUGUAUUUGGUGCUCUAGUUAACUCUAUAAUUACAUUCUUUCAAUUAGACAGCGUACUGUUACCUGUUGUCUGUCUUUUGUGUUUGGAUAUACAGUUACUCACUAAGCCUGUUUAAAUGAGUUGCUCUGCUGUAUUUGUUUCACUAGAGGCAGCUGAAAUGUCUAUUAGAAUACAAUGGCACUUCUGCAGGUACAGAAGUAGCUUUCAUGGAGUGCACACAUUUAAUCUUUGGAGUAUUGCUGUGUGAAUUUGU